CCGUCCCGCCCCCUGGCCCGGAGCCGAGACUUAGUCCCCAGCGGGCCUGGUCUGGCCGAGACCGCUGGACCAUGGAGGCGUUGGCAGUGGCCGCGGCUCUGGGGUUCUUGCUUCUGGCUGGGGCGGGAGCCUCGGCCCGGGAUGAGGCCCGGGAGGCGGCGGCCGUGCGGGCCCUCCUGGUCCGGCUGCUGGGGCCCGGGCCGGCGGCCAACUUCUCGGUGUCGGUGGAGCGCGCCCUGGCGGCCGAGUCGGGGUUGGACACCUACCGCCUGAGUGGCGGCGGCGCCGGGGCGCGGGUGCGCGUGGCCGGCUCCACGGGCGUGGCGGCCGCCGCGGGGCUGCACCGCUACUUGCGCGACUUCUGCGGCUGCCACGUGGCCUGGUCCGGCUCUCAGCUGCGCCUGCCGCAGCCGCUGCCCGCAGUGCCGCAGGAGCUGACCGAGGCUACGCCCAACAGGUACCGCUAUUACCAGAAUGUAUGCACGCAAAGCUACUCCUUCGUGUGGUGGGACUGGGCCCGCUGGGAGCAGGAGAUCGACUGGAUGGCACUGCACGGCAUCAACCUGGCACUGGCCUGGAGCGGCCAGGAGGCCAUCUGGCAGCAGGUGUACCUGGCCUUGGGCCUGACCCAGUCAGAGAUUGAUGAGUACUUCGCUGGUCCUGCCUUCCUGGCCUGGGGGCGCAUGGGCAACCUGCACAGCUGGGCUGGCCCCCUGCCCCGCUCCUGGCACCUCAAGCAGCUUUACCUGCAACAUCGGAUCCUGGACCGGAUGCGUUCCUUCGGCAUGAUCCCAGUGUUGCCUGCAUUUGCAGGGCAUGUGCCCAAGGCCAUCACCAGGGUCUUCCCUCAGGUCAAUGUCACCCAGAUGGGCAGCUGGGGACACUUCAACUGCUCCUACUCCUGCUCCUUCCUCCUGGCUCCAGGGGACCCCAUGUUCCCGGUCAUCGGGAGCCUCUUCCUGCGGGAGCUGACCAAAGAGUUUGGCACGGACCACAUCUAUGGGGCUGACACUUUCAAUGAGAUGCAGCCCCCCUCCUCGGACCCUUCCUACCUUGCCGCAGCCACCGCUGCCGUCUACGAAGCCAUGGUCACAGUGGACCCCGACGCCGUGUGGCUGCUGCAGGGCUGGCUCUUCCAGCACCAGCCCCAGUUCUGGAGGCCUCCCCAGGUGGGGGCUGUGCUGGGGGCCGUGCCCCGGGGCCGCCUCUUGGUUCUGGACCUGUUUGCUGAGACCCAUCCCGUGUAUAUCCACACGGCCUCCUUCCAGGGCCAGCCCUUCAUCUGGUGCAUGCUGCAUAACUUUGGGGGCAACCAUGGCCUGUUUGGGACCCUGGAGGCCGUGAACCAAGGCCCUACUGCUGCCCGCCUCUUCCCCAACUCCACCAUGGUGGGCACAGGCCUGGCCCCUGAGGGCAUUGGCCAGAACGAAGUUGUCUAUGCCCUCAUGGCUGAGCUGGGCUGGAGGAAGGACCCAGUGCCAGAUCUGGCGGCCUGGGUGACCAGCUUUGCUGACCGGCGGUAUGGGAUCCCCCAUAAGGACACAGAGGCAGCAUGGAGGCUCCUGCUCAGGAGUGUCUACAACUGCUCCAGCGAGACCUGCAGUGGACACAAUCGCAGCCCACUGGUCAAGCGGCCGUCCCUGCAGAUGGAUACCACGGUCUGGUACAACCGAUCAGAUGUGUUUGAGGCCUGGCGGUUGCUGCUGUCAGCUGCUCCUACCCUGGCCACCAGCCCAGCCUUCCGCUAUGACCUGCUGGACAUCACCCGUCAGGCGGCCCAAGAGCUGGUCAGCUUGUACUAUGGGGAGGUGAAGGCUGCCUACCUGAAGAAGGAACUGAUUGCCCUGCUGAGGGCUGGGGGCAUCCUGGCCUACGAGCUGCUGCCCGCCCUGGACGAGGUACUGGCAAGUGACCGCCGCUUCCUGCUGGGCAGUUGGCUGGAGCAGGCCAGGGCAGCAGCGGUCAGUGAGGCUGAGGCCCAUUUCUAUGAGCAGAACAGUCGCUACCAGCUAACCCUGUGGGGACCAGUGGGCAACAUCCUAGACUAUGCCAACAAGCAGCUGGCAGGACUGGUGUCUGACUAUUACACUCCCCGCUGGCAGCUCUUCGUGAAGGCGUUGGUCGAGAGCCUGGUCCAGGGCAUCCCCUUCCAGCAGCACAAGUUUGACACAGAUGUCUUCCAGCUGGAGCAGGCCUUCAUCCUCAGCACACGGAGGUAUCCCAGCCAGCCGCAUGGUGACACCGUGGACCUGGCCAAACAGCUCUUCCUCAAAUAUUACCCCCAGUGGGUGGCUGGCACCUUGUGAAAGACCACCCACCACUGGGCUGUGUUCUCCCAAGACUCCAGGCCAGGGCAGGUUCCCAGGCACCUGGAGCUGGACAAGCAUCACAGAAGGUCCCCAGGUGUGGGAGAAGGAACCCAGGGCCUGCUGGUGGGAUCGGGUUUGGGGGAAUUUGGAGGGAGAUGCUGCCCUCCACCACCAUCAUCCCAGAAUUUGGGAUCAAAGUACUGUUUCACUCAAUCAAUAAACUGAUGAAUCAACCUA